GAGUGCGUCGAGUCUAUUGUCUGCUGAUACGGCACGCGUUGCGAAGCGCACCGCUAUAAGUAGCACUGUUAGCCGAGUAGCUGGGUCAGUGAGUGCCGAAACUGUAAGCAAAGUGAGCUGCUUAGAGCAGUGCAAAGUGCAAAUAAAAAUUCGCUGAAUUUCAAAAGGAUUUCAGAAAACGCGCACGCAGAACAGCUGCGUAACGGAAAGUCCAUAGUUCGAAAAAAAAAACAAAAGCCAGAGGAAACUAAUAUUAAAAUGUCUACAUUAGGCGCGCCUCUUCUACUCUUAACAGCGGGUCUAUUGGCGCUCAAUCGAGCGCAAGGCUAUGCCAUACACCACGAAACUACCGAGCGUCGCAUGCAUCCAGUCUUCAAUUUUAAGACAGCUGCGCCGCCACACACACUACAAAAACGCUCCAUGCCAUUCAUUAAGUUCGACGCGCCCAGAACGGAAGAAUACUCGUAUUACUGGAAUUCAAUUGGCCAGUAUAUACUAGAGAAACAAAUUGCUGAAAAGUCACAGCUGAAUAUGAAUCUCGCCAAAAAUAUUAUACUCUUUCUCGGCGACGGCAUGUCCAUACCAACCUUGACGGCGGGGCGCGUCUACUUGGGCGGCGAGGAGAAACAAUACAGCUUCGAACGCUUUCCCUAUGUAGGACUCAGUAAGACCUACUGCACGAACACGCAAGUCGCCGACUCCGCUUGCACAGCGACCGCUUAUCUCGGCGGCGUCAAGACCAACUACGGCACCAUCGGUGUAUCCGCCGCCAUUGAGCCGAACGAUUGCCUAGGUCAGAACAAUACACUUCACCACGUCACCUCAAUUGCCGCCUGGGCCCAGCAACAAGGCAUGGCGACUGGUCUAGUAACCACCACAUCCGUUACGCACGCCUCCCCAGCUGGUGUCUACGCGCACAUAGCCAAUCGCAAUUGGGAAAAUGACGCGGAGGUGUUAUCCGAUAACGGUGAUCCGUUGGUAUGCACAGACAUUGCUACGCAACUGGUGCACGGUGACGUCGGAAGCAAACUGAAUGUAAUUUUGGGUGGUGGGCGCAAGCACUUCCUGCCAAACACUGAGCGCGAGUUGGACGGCGAAAUGGGUCAACGCUUGGAUGGCCACAACUUGAUUAAAGUAUGGCAGACCAUACACGGCAAGACGGCGCGUUAUGUGCAGACACGCGACGAGCUAUUGAAUUUACCCACCUCCACCACACGUGUGCUAGGGCUCUUCGGCGCCAACCACAUGCCCUUCCAUCUUGACGCCGAUGCCAAGCAAACACCUACGCUCGCCGAGAUGACCUCAGUUGCCAUAGACAUACUGGAACGCCAAAGCAACGGCCGCGGUUUCUUCCUCUUCGUCGAGGGCGGUCGCAUUGAUCACGCACAUCACGAUACGCUCGCCAUGAAAGCGCUGGACGAGACUGCCGAGUUCGAUAAGGCCAUCACUUUGGCGCACGCACGCACAAAUGCAAGUGACACACUCACCGUCGUUACCUCCGACCACUCGCACACAAUGUCCGUCGCUGGCUAUUCAUCGCGCAAGAACGAUAUUAUUGGCGUGAAUAAUGGCCAGUUGGCUGAUGAUCAAUUGCCAUACGCCACGCUGAGCUACGCCAACGGGCCCGGUUUCGAUUACAAUGUGAUGAAAGCGAAUGGCGCAAUUAAACGCAAGAAUCUACACAAGAUCAACAUGAAGAACAAAGACUAUCCAUUCCCGUCGAUGGUGCCGCUCGAGUCGGAAACGCACGGUGGCGACGAUGUGGGCGUGUUUGCGAGCGGUCCCUUCGCGCAUCUCUUCACCGGCAACUACGAACAAAAUUUCCUGCCACAUGCGAUUGCCUAUGCGGCGUGUCUACAGGAUGACAGAAGUGCGAAGCGGACGGCGUGUACGGAUGGGUUGUUGAGAGAGCGGAUGUGAGGCGAAAGAGUCGAAAAGGAGGAGGAGUUUAAAAAAGGAGCACCUGAUGCAUUAAACUUGCUACAAUAUUCAUUUGCAUUUAAUUAAUUUAUUGUAUUUUUAAGACACAUAACUGUAAAUAUGAAGAUAAGUAGAAGCAUGA